AGCUAUUUUUUAGUUUCUCAUAAUAUUUUCUCAGGCUGCACUGUUUUUGUGUGUUACGCUCAUGAUGAUGCAUGAAGAGCUGUAUGAUUUCUUGAAGAGACGGCGGUCGGUGGGUUCGCUCCGCUGGUUCCUGGAGGAACCGGACCCUCCGACCCCUCUGCCUCUCACCCCGUUGCAGGAGUACCUGCAGAAGCUACUGGAGAUGAAGAUGCUCAGUAGUGAUCAGUUUGAUAACCUGGAAAAGCACACACAGUGGGGAAUCGACUUUGUGGAAAAAUACACCAAAUUUGUGAAGGAAAGGUCUGAGAUCGAGCUUAACUAUGCAAGACAGAUCAGGAAUCUGUCCAAGAAAUACCAGCCUAAGAAGAAAGAGGAAGACGACAAUAAGUACACAUGGUGCCGCGCGUUUCAUUCGACGCUAAACGAGCUGAACGAUUACGCCGGGCAGCAUGAGCUCAUCGCAGAGAACAUGACGUCACAGAUCAUCGCCGAACUCACGCGAUACGCACAGGAUAUCAAAACAGAGAGGAAAGCGCAUUUCCAUGAUGGACGGAAGGCACAGCAACAGGUCGAAGCCAGUUGGAAACAGCUGGAAUCGUGUAAGCGGAAGUUUGAGCGGGAUUGUAAAGAAGCGGAUCGAGCCCAGCAGUACUUUGAGAAGCUGGACGCAGACAUCAACGUGACGAAAGCAGACGUGGAGAAGGCACGGCAGCAGGCUCAGAUGAGACACCAGAUGGCUUCUGACAGCAAGAAUGAAUAUUCCUCAUGCCUGCAGAAGUUCAACCAGGAACAGAAUGAACAUUAUUACACCAUCAUCCCUAAUAUCUUCCAGAAGAUCCAGGCAAUGGAGGAGAAGAGGAUAGAGCGAAUGGGCGGGUCGCUGAAGACAUUUGCGGAGGUCGACCGACAGAUUCUGCCCAUCAUUGGGAAAUGCCUGGAUGGAAUAACACAAGUGGCCGAGUCCAUCGAACCCAAGAAUGACUCCUCUCAGGUCAUAGAGUCGUAUAAGUCUGGGUUCGAGCCUCCUGGCGAUGUGGAGUUUGAAGACUACGGUCAGGCGAUGAAGAGGACGGUGUCUGAGACCAGUCUGACUAACUCACGCUCGGACAACAAAGCGGACCGUUCCAGCAAGGGCAAGAGCAAAACUCUCUGGCCUUUCAUUAAGAAAAACAAGCUCUCUUUAAAGCUGCUCUCACUCAAUGCCCACGUGCGGAACCUUAUUGAGGGUUCGAAUCCUGAGGACUUCAGUCAUCUUCCUCCAGAGCAGAGAAGGAAGAAGCUUCAGGCGAAGAUCGACGACAUCAAUAAAGACGUACAGAAAGAGAUGGACCAGAGAGAUGCUUUGACUAAAAUGAAGGAAGUGUAUGUAAAGAACCCACAGAUGGGGGAUCCCAACAGCGUGGACCCUCGGUUAGCAGAGAUCGCCCACAACAUUGAGAAACUGCAGGCGGAGGCACAGAAAUUUGAGGGCUGGUUAGCGGAGGUCGAAGGAAGGAUGCCGGUAAAGAGUGACCCUCCGAAGAGGACGAGUGUUCUAUACGAGACCCAAAACAGCACACCACCCACCAACAACAACUGCGCACAGGAUAGAGAGAGCAGUCCGGAUGGCAGUUAUACAGAGGAACCGAGUUCUGAGGUCCAGAGUAAAGUCCAACCUGAAACAGCAGAGUCUGGAGAUGAAUUUGAUGACGCAGAUGAAGAAAUGCUACCGACCAUCGGCACCUGCAAAGCCCUCUACCCGUUUGAAGGUGCUAAUGAAGGCACCAUCUCAGUAGUGGAGGGUGAGCUCUUGUAUGUAAUAGAGGAAGACAAAGGUGACGGAUGGACGCGUGUUAGAAGAAACGAGGAAGAGGAGGGUUACGUCCCCACAUCCUACGUCGAGGUCUUUCUGGACUCCAACGCCAAAGAUUCGUAAAGUAUGGAAGGAGGACUCAGUGGUGCAGGGCAAACAGCAGCCACAUGUGAGGAAAACUACAGCCUACCCUUCAUGAACCGCCCUAGAGUGAGACAGAUGAGAGACAGACACAAAACAAAGAGAGGAACAGUGAAAGAAGCGAGAGGAAGAGGCUAUAGAGACCUCUCGGCCUAAAUUCUCCGGCUGUAGAGAGGAACUUUAUCAGUGAAUCAGAGAAAUAUUAUGGCAUUUAGAUUUAUUACCUGUCUGUUAUUUUAUAAUGAGGUGAAUAUGAGCUGCAUAUAUCAUUUUGCUUUUUAAAAUCAUUUGCUUCAUCGCUGCUGAAUGGCGCUAAACUUUCUUUCAGCCUGUGCGAGUGAGUGUAUGUAUGUGUGUUUGUCUUUAACCGUCUUGUUUCAAAUUUCCUCACCUUUCCUCGAACUAAAACCCUGGGAAUGUGGUCUGUUAAAGGAGCUGAAUUUGCGGUACCACGACAGUGCUGCGUUCCAUCCAUAUUCCUGUUAUAUAUAGCUUGAUGCUCUAAAGAUGAUGUACACUACUGGUCAAAAGUUUGGAACAAUUAAGAUUUUUAAUGUUUUGAAAGAAGUCUAUUCUGC